GGGAGCCUCCGCCCAAUGACCCGAAGCGGAGGCGGUGGCGCUCGGGACUAAGCCGGGGAUCUCGGAGGGAGAGAGGAUGGCUUCGUGGAACCCCGACACCCCGUGUUCCUGCGAUUGCUUUGUCUCGGUACCCCCGGCCUCGGCCAUCCCCGCGGUGAUCUUUGCCAAGAACUCUGACCGGCCCCGGGACGAAGUGCAAGAGGUGGUGUUUGUACCGGCAAGCACCCACGCCCCUGGGAGCCGGCUCCAGUGCACCUACAUUGAGGUGGAACAGGUGUCAAAGACUCACGCUGUGAUCCUGAGCCGCCCUUCUUGGCUGUGGGGGGCUGAGAUGGGUGCCAAUGAGCAUGGCGUCUGUAUUGGCAAUGAGGCAGUGUGGACCAAGGAGCCAGUUGACGAGGGGGAAGCUCUGCUGGGCAUGGAUCUGCUCAGGCUGGCUUUAGAACGGAGCCGCUCUGCCCUGGAGGCCUUGCACGUGAUCACGGGCUUGCUGGAGCGCUACGGGCAAGGGGGCAGCUGCCGGGAGGACCCCGCACCAUUCUGCUACCACAACACUUUCCUGCUGGCCGACCGGACUGAGGCAUGGGUACUGGAGACAGCGGGGAGGCUGUGGGCCGCACAGAGGAUUCAGGAGGGGGCCCGCAACAUCUCCAACCAGUUGAGCAUUGGCACGGACAUCUCGGCCGAACACUCGGAGCUGCGGACCCACGCCCUGGCCCAGGGCUGGUGGGGUGGGCAGGGCACUUUUGACUUCGCUCAGGUCUUCUCCCUGACCCAGCAGCCUGUGCGCAUGGAGGCUGCCAAAGCCCGCUUCCAGGCUGGGCAGGAGCUGCUGCAGCAGCAAAGAGGGGGCAUCACGGCAGAGGUGAUGAUGGGCAUCCUCAGGAAUAAGGAGAGUGGCAUCUGCAUGGACUCAGGAGGCUUUCGCACCACGGCCAGCAUGGUGUCCAUCCUGCCCCAGGACCCCACACAGCCCUGUGUCCACUUCCUCACCGCCACGCCAGACCCAUCCAGGUCAGUGUUCAAACCUUUCAUCUUCGGGGCAGGGGCGGCCCAGGCCCCCCAGGUGCUGUCCCCCACUUUUGGAGCACAGGACCCUGUUCGGACCCAGCCCCGAUUCCAGACUCAGGUGGAUCGGCGGCACACCCUCUACCGCGGACACCAGGUGGCUCUGGGGCUGAUGGAGCGUGAGCAGGAUCGGGGGCAGCAGCUCCGGCAGAAGCAGCGGGAUCUGGAGCAGGAAGGCCUGGAGGCUGCACGGGGACUGCUGGCCGGGGAGUGGGCCCCACCGCCGCAGGAGCUGGCCACCCUCUUCCAGGCCUUCGUGGAGAGGGAGGGCCAGGUGUACGCCUGAACGCCGCGGUGCCUCCUGGCCUGGGGUGGGCACAGGGCCCCUGGGGCAGCAGGAUCGCGGCACAAGCCCUUCACUGCCCUCGGCCUUGUUCUGCACGGCCAGCUCGGCCUUUGGCUUAAUAAUGUUACUUCGCUGUUCAGUGAACGUGAUCCCUGGUCUAGUGGGGAUGCGAGAGCCAAGUGAGGGCAAAGCGCAGCCCUGAGCUGACUGCAGGGCCUCCGGUCGUCUUGCUGGGCAGCACAGUCUUCUCACUCGGGGGAUGGGAACUAGAUGGAGAACGUUGUGGCAGGGGCGUGUGAGGAGAGGUGGUCUCCCCAGGUGUGUGAGCAGGUGUGAACAAGAGAACACGCCUGGCACAAUGUGGGGCUACCAUUUAGGGGAGAAUUAGAACCACGGGUUUUUGGUCCUUGGCUCGAACCUUGGGAGGGCACUCCCUAAGGGCGGCAGUGAAGAUGUGCCCUGGAGGACGGCAUCUUCCUCAGGGCGAGGCCCGCUCAGGGCCCAGGCAGCCAGGUGGAGGACCUGAGGUGGGCCAGUCCUUUGGGUAGUUCCCGAAAGGUCCAGAAACGUGUUCUUUAGAGUUGGGAUCUGUAUUUCUGUGACUCCUUCCCACUGUCUUGACUGCUUGCUUCCCCUCAGAUGCCCCCCAACGACAUGAAAGACAUACUUAGGGGCGCCUGGGUGGCUCAAUCGUUAAGUGUCUGCCUUCGGCCCAGGUCAUGGUCCCAGGGUCCUGGGAUCAAGCCCCGCGUC